UACACAACCUUUGCCGAGGAAAAAAAGAAAACUCAACAGCUUUCCCGUUUCUUCUUUCGUUUCCCCUGUUUUAACCCUAGACCCUUUUGUCAUCUAAUAUUGUUGCAGGCCGCUGGAUUUGGAUAGUCUCUUCCAGAUAAAUCAGUAAAUUAAAUCUUGUAUUAGAGUUGUAUCUAUCUGCAGCCAGAUGGGUGAUUCCUCUCAAGGUCUCCCUCUCUCUGCCUCUCCUGCAACCCGUGGCCUGUUCCUCCGCACGCGCAUGAUUUGCUAUCAGAAGUUGAAGGCCGUGAUUUCAUCUUUUAUGGAGUUUAAUUGGUUGGCGCCAGGGCUAUUAGGUCGUUCAACCGGUGGCAAGCCUCUUGUAGAAGGUUAUGACUAUUUGUGGUAUAUUUUUACUAACAUUGCCUUCGGGUGCUUGGCCGCUGCCUUCCUGCUGUUAGGGGGUAUUCAUCAUCCGUAUAUUUUUGUCAUCUGGAUUUGCCCGGGUUGUUGCUUUUUACUUCAUAUCAAUGUGCUGUACUCUGUUGUUUAUUGGCAUCGCGACAUGCCUUUCCAGUUAAUUGGUGCCAAGGCUAAAUUUAUGAUCGAGGUCAUUCCUCUGGUAACUGCAGCAGCCUUGCGUCACCUUUUGGAUUUCAAUUAUGGGUAUCCUGCUCUACUGCUAGGCUGCACCGGAUAUUUCUGUGCCUAUGUGCACUUCUUGCGCGUAGCAUAUGAUAUUAAGGGAAUAGAUGUAAUGUUGGGGUUAGUAAUGCAAGGUCUUGCUUACAUGUUGAACGUAGAAUUAUUAGUUAGAGCUUUAGUUUUGAGCUUCUGCUUUGGUAUAUGUUUCUAUAGAUACGUGACAUAUUGUGCCCCUGAAGUUCCUGCUCAUGAUAAAAAGGAGUUGGAGCAGCUGCCUUGUUGAUUUGAAUUAUCUUUAGUAUAAGUUAUGAGUUAUUUUCUCA